AUGGCUACCGGUCAGGGCGGCCCGCUCAAGGGCAUCCUGAAAAAUAUUGGCGAUGCUCCAGAGAAGCCCGAAACCGCACGUGAAGUCGCCAUCCGCCAUGCCACACUACUAGAGCAUAGAAAGCAGCUCGAAAGCCAGAUUCUCGACAAUUUAAUCCUUUUGUCCGAGUAUCCCCUCGUCAGAGAUGCUCAAUUCGACGCGUCAAGCCCAGCGGCAUCCGACAUUGCAGACUUCAAAGCAAACGUCCGACUCUUUCAGCCCUCUGACUACGACGACCUCAUUGAGGAACGCAACGUGAACGAACUAUGUGGCUAUACCCUAUGUGCGAAGCCUAGACGCCAGACAGGCUCGGGCGGAGAGUGGAAGAUUACAAACAGCGGCGAGAUUGUCAAGCGCAAGGAGCUUGAGAAGUGGUGCUCCCAGCAGUGUGCGCGCAGAGCCCUCUUUGUCAAGGUCCAGCUUAACGAGACUGCUGCCUGGGAGCGGGCCGGCAUCCCUGACAUUCAGAUUGAUCUUUUGGAGGAAGACCUGUCGGCCGAGACGGAAGCUGAUCGAGCUGCUCGCAAGCUAGGGGAGCUCAAGUUGGAAGACCAGCGACAGGCUGCCCGAGACUCGGCUGCUCUAGCGAUGGAAAGAGGUGACGACAAAUUUGGCCCUCCAGUCAACAAGGUCAAAGUUACUUUGAAAGAAAAGGACGUCAAGGCGCCUUCUGAGUUUGCUCCUCCGGCUGAAGCUGGCAACUCGGAGGAUCAUCUACUUGUUGAUGGCUACAAAGCGAAAAUUCCUGAGAAAAAGGAAUCAGAGAUAUAAGGUGGCCAGAUGGAAUUUAACAAAAGUUGCAUAAUCCGGGCGUUGGGCUAUCAUUUUGGUCAUGGGCAUGUAUUGGGAAAAAAAUUACGUUGGUUUAGGCAUAAAGAUACCCAUCAGUAACAUGACUUGGUACUAUUCUUCCAUAUAUUCCAGAUACACCAUGUAGGUGCAACAGGGCAAUAGCAGAAGAACACCCCCAGUUCAAUGAACGAUAUGAUAUCCAGUCACCGCAUUCACAGAGUGAACAGAAGAGGGACGGAUUUGUUUUGGCAAUCAAGCGUCAUCUCGAAAUUAAUCAGAGAAUCGGCGACACCUUGUGGGGUGAAAGAUCUUUCUUUUUUUCGAGAUCUAUACACUCACUACCAUCCUGAGACGCCAACCUGCAAAAUGUUGCAAAACCAGAGACCCAAUUUUCCACAAAAAAAGAAGCUUUUUAGUCGCGACGAGGGCGGUCACCGAAGCGGCGCUGGCCACGCUCAGGGGCCUGAGCCUGAGAGACGGGGAUGACGUUGACGGGGAUGGAGUCGAA